AUUCGCACCUAAUGGCAGGCGCUGGGCAAGCACAUUCAGCGUCGCCGCCGGAUCCUCGGUUCACAAUUGACGACGUCGCAGAGACUCACGACGACCACGACGACGUUGGCAAUGUCGCACACGAAGUGGUCAUUGUCGCGAACGGAUUCCGAUCCGGCGACUCAUCGUGGCCGCAGGCGAAGUCGUCGUCUUCGCCACUCUCCACCACGAUCAUGCGCCAAGCGAAGUUGGAAGCUCAGGACGAUCUCGACGCUAACAACGAGUUCGACAAUAGAGAGGACGGCUUGGAGGAUCGGGAGCCGAUGCUCAAAUCGCCAGCAGGAGCAGCCUCCGGAAAGCUUAAACCGUUCAGCUUGGAAACGCCAGCGCACGGCGGCGGAGGGGGAGGCCACCACGGCUCAGGCGGCGGCCAUGGAUUCGCAGGAGCUACAGUAUCAAGCGGGAUUUUUAAUCUCUCCACGUCGAUAAUCGGAGCAGGCAUUAUGGGUCUACCAGCCACUCUCAACGUCCUUGGCUUGCCGCUCGGAGUGCUGCUACUUGUAGCGAUGGGGCUUCUAACGGAGCUGUCGAUUGAGGUGCUGGUGAACGCAUCGGCGGUGCGGCGAAUCUGGACAUACAGCGGGCUGGUGGUGGAGGACUGCGGGCAGCGGUCGCGGCUGGUGCUGGAUCUGGCCGUGCUGGUUAACAACGUGGGCAUGUGCACCGUGUACCUCAUCAUCGUUGCGGACGUGGUGGCGGGCACAUCAGCGCAGCACGUGGUGGCAUCCCCAGUGGACGCCAUGCGGGAGGCAUCACUGCACGAGGGGCUGCUGGCGGAGUGGGGGCUCGUGGCGGGGGCGUGGUGGCCCAUGCGCCCCAUCGUCAUCAUCUCCACCAUGCUGCUCGUACUCGCUCCCCUUGUGGCGCUCAAACACGUUGACUCCCUGCACUACACGUCAGCGCUGUCCAUAGCGCUGGCGGUGGUGUUUGUGGUGAUCACAGUGGCCGUGGCAGCAGUGCAGUGGGUGCAGGGGCGCAUCCAGCCGCCGCGCAUGCUGCCCGCCUGCUCCUCGCUCAAAGACCUCUCUGGCCUCUUCUCCGUCAUGCCGGUGCGUGCGUGCACGUGGGGGAGUGUCAGGGAGCCUGGGGAAGUGUGGGGGAGUGGGACCAACAAAGGCAUGCUGAGGGAGUGUGAGGGAGUAUGGGCCACACCCUUCUUCCACUUCUUCCCCCCCUGCCGUUACCCUCCCUCCCCCCUCGUUUUUCUCUCGCGCUGGCCCCGUUAUGGCAACGGCAUACGCGUGCCACUACAAUGCUACAGGACGGCACCGCAAUCUCAAGGGCGGCACAGCAGCAACCAUGUUCCGCGUCACGCGCUCCUCCCCUCCUCUUCCCAUUCCCCCUCCUCCCCUCCUCACCUUCUUCCCCUCCUCUCCCUCCCCCACUCCCCCCCUCCAGUGCACUCCAUCUUCGUGGAGCUUAAGGACCGCACAGCAGCAACCAUGCUGCGAGUGACCCGCUCCUCGCUUCUCCUCUGCACCACAGUCUACGUCCUCACAUCCGUCUCCGCCUUCCUCCUCUUCGGCUCUAGCACUGCUUCAGACGUGCUAAUCAACUUCGACCGGGAUCUAGGCCUGCCGCUCUCCUCUCUCAUUAACGACACAGUCCGAGUCACCUACGUCCUCCACAUAGUCUUUGUAUUCCCGGUGAUUUUUUACUCGCUGAGAAUAAUCGCGGAUGAUUUGAUUUUCCCCGGGGCGGAGAAGCCGCUACUGGAGGAUGAUAGGAGGUUUGCGGUGGUGACGGUGGGGGGGAUGGUGCUGGUGGGGGUGGGGGCGGUGAUGGUGCCGAAUAUCGGCCUGGCGUUUGAUAUCACAGGGGCUACUGCAACGAUGCUGCUUGCCUUUGUCUUCCCGGCGCUGCUAACUCUCAAGUAUGGCCGUUGCCAUUCGUCUUGCCAUCUUACUGCCUGCCAUCACCUUUGCCAUUGCAUAUUUCCAUCGCUCCUUCCUUGCCAUGUCACCACCUCAUUACUCCUCCCCAUCGCACUGUCCCAUCACCCGCCCAUCACCCUACCUGGCCAUUGUGUGCCGUAA